AGUGAAACCUAAAUGCGCAGCGGGGAGGGGCGGGCGCGUCGCCGCGGCCUCGGCGGCUGCCGGGGCUCUGGCCACAGCUGCGAUGUCCCACACGGCGCCACAGGGCCCGGAGGAGGAGCAGCGAGGGGGGGCGCAGCAGCAGGAAGCGGCUCAGGGCAGCCGGGCGCGGCUCGAGAGCCGGUCGCAGCCCCCGGCGCGCAGCGGGAAGAGCCAGGAGCGGCAGGAGAGGAAACGGAAGAGGCUGGAGGCGCAGGAGCUCCAGAAGAUCCAGCACCUCGAGUCCUUCUAUGAGAAACCUCCCCCUGGGCUCAUUAAGGAGAAUGAAACAAAACCAGAGGACUGCAUACCUGAUGUGCCAGGCAAUGAAGGUGCCCGAGAAUUCCUGGCACAUGCCCCAACAAAAGGGCUUUGGAUGCCUUUGGGAAAAGAAGUCAAAGUCAUGCAGUGUUGGAGGUGUAAGCGUUAUGGACACAGAACAGGAGAUAAAGAAUGCCCGUUCUUCAUUAAAGGCAACCAGAAAUUGGAACAAUUUAGAGUAGCACAUGAAGAUCCGAUGUAUAAUAUAAUAAAGGAAAAUAAACGGCAAGAAAGAGAAAAGAGGAUACAGGAGCUGAAGCAGCUCUUGGAGGACUCUACCUCAGAAGAUAACAGCGAUGAGGAUGAUGAAGACAGCAGCAGCUCCACUUCCUCCGAAGGCAGAGAUAAACAUAAGAAAAAAAAGAGAAAGAAGGAAAAGAAAAAGAAAGAAAAGAAGAAGAAGAAAAAGAGAAAGCGUAAGUCAUCUAAAUCUAAUGAGAAGUCGGAAUCCGAUUAGCAGCAGUCACCUGCUGCAUGCUCCUUGACCUCUUCUGGUGGGGUGAAAGGAAAAAUCCAAAGGAUGAGGAAGAAACCACCAGAAAAGGCUUUAUUAAACUGGGAAUGUAUAGGUGAUACGUAUGACAUCCUACGCUGGUUGCCCAUUCCUGCCCCUUUGCAGCCAGAAGAGAACUGCAUUAAAAAACUCUCCAUCAAACAUAUCUUUAUUGUAAAACCUGUGCUAAGGGUCAUCUGCCUUGGUCAGAUUUGGCUCUGAAUUGCCACAUGUGAUUGUGGCAGGAAACAGCAACUUCCAAGGUAUUGCCAACAAACCUGCAGCAGGAGCCAGCUGUCUGCUGAAGUGUCUUUUCUCUGUAAAGUUAUUGUAUUACAUACAGAGCACUGGGAGUUCAGUUACAGUGCUCGUAAGCAGCAGCUUGUACUGUAUUGUACUGCAUACAGCCUAUAUGAAGUUCAGUGUAUUUGUCCUAGUACUGGCAGCUGGGAAAUAAAGAGCACUGCUGAAGGAAAGGAAACUUAAUCAAGGGGAUCUACUUAAAAUUGCUGUGUUAAUAAAACUUAAGUGUUUUAUUGUGUGUAAUAAAAUUUCAACAUCAUCACCAUUAAUACACAUAGUUCUACAACACCUCAAGCAUUUCUCCAGCCUCUAGGAUUGGGAGCUGAGUGUAAAGAGGGAGUAGGUUUAGCUAUUUAAAAAGGGGGUUUCAUGUUCAAGAUGAAAAGGAUUCAUUUCUGUAUAUACUUUAGUAUUGGUUGUUUUGGUACAUCUGAGUUUUUUUUACUCGGGGAAAUAAAUUCCACCUUAUUUUUUGUUUA